UAAAUUGCUGUGGAUAACACGACAGUUCUGCAGGAGUAUCGGACCGGUUCUACCUCCAGUCGCCUUCAGUUCUCUCGACACCAGCCGCCCCAACCAUGUUACCCGUUGGUGGGGCUGUCGUACGCCGAUGGGCUCUAUGGGAGCUUCGCCGAUGGGCUUCGCAGAUGCACCUUGCGAAAUCUUUCGGAAAAAUGCACAGAAGCUCUCUUCUGCACCUCCUCAAUGUCGGCAGAAGCCGUCGGAGCCAGAGGAGCCCCGCCAAUAAGAGUAUCUCUCACCGAUUCGGCCGGAAGAGGCGUCUUCGCCACAAGAGUUAUAGGAUCCGGCGAGCUCAUACACACUGCGAAGCCCCUCGUAACCCACCCUUCUCUCGCUCUCCCCGAUCGAGUUUGUUACUAUUGCUUGAAGAAGUUAAACAGGGAUGAUUUGAGCAGUAGUUUUUCUUCAUUGAAAGGAGAAGGCGACUCUUCAUACUGCUUUUGCGGGGAAGAAUGCAGAGAUAUAUCCAAGGCUUGCUAUGAAGUUGAGAGCAAAGCAGACUGGUCACUCAUUCAUGAUCAUUGCAGGAUCAAACUGCCAACAUUCUUGCUAAAUGCCUACCGGCAACUCAGUUCGGCAAGCUUCGCACCAAGCUCACUAUCCUUCCAUUGGACUGUGAUCUUAAGGGGAGGAACAGCAUCUGCCAAUGGUCUUGAUAUACUCCAACCAGCCACUUUACUUCCUGGGACAGUUUCACAAAUGGAAGAAGAGUUUGAAUUGCUCAAAUGGACUUUAUUAGAGGCAAAGGUUGAUGAAAAGCUGACUGGAUUUCUCACAAAGCAUUGGUACAUGGGUAUACUGGCGCGGAUUCGCAUAAAUGCAUUCCGCAUUGAAUUAGUGGCAGCCUCAUAUGAAGAUAUACUUGCAUCAGCAGCAGCCUCUGUUGCAGCUCAAGCUGCUGUUGGCAGUGCUGUGUAUAUGCUUCCGUCACUCUAUAACCAUGAUUGUGAUCCCAAUACACAUAUAGUAUGGAUUGACAGUGCAUUUGCAAAGCUGAAAGCUCUUCGCCAUAUUGAAGAAGGUGAGGAGCUCCGCAUAUGCUACCUUGAUGCAAGCAUGGAUUUUGAUGCUCGUCAGAAAGUUCUUUCUGAAGGCUUUGGCUUUCAGUGUCGCUGCUUGAGAUGCCUUUCCAAUGACUGAGCGGCUGUCAAUGUUAGAUACAAGAAAAAUAU